AUGGAGGGGAGCGACUGGCAGCAAGUGCGUACUUACGCUGACCAUCUGGGUCAUCGCGUGGUGCUUGAGCAGUACGUCGUGCCGGACCCAGAACCCGACCACCUGGUUCCUAUCCAGGUUUAUAGCCUCGUCACCUUGGGUGACGACCACGAAAAACUACGGGAAUACCUGAUGCAAAAUUUAUGA